CAGUGCUGUGUUUUGCGCGGUCCAUUAAUCGCAACAAAAUAAAAAAUAUUGACAUCAGUUACAAAUGCACGCGCGGCUUGGCGCCGCAAACGCGAUCGGCCGUUUGUUCUCGAUUGUUUUUCGGUGUUUCCCGAUGGUGAGCUCCUGUGGGAGAUCGGACGCGGUGUCGGAGUGAGAGGGAAUCCGGGCACUUCUCCGAGCAUGGCCACCGAUAAUAAAAUUCAGUUUUGGAGGAGAAACGCCAAGGUUCCUGGAAGUCUGCAGCCAGUGUACGGAGCCCAGCACCCCCCACUCGACCCCCGAAUCCACCGCACGUUUCUUAAAGACGCCCCGAAACCGAACACCCUGGCGAUAAAGUCCAAAAAGGCAUCCAGUUUCCACGAGUUCGCCCGCAGCACCAACGACGCCUGGGACAUCGGCGAUGACGAGGACGAUGACUUUUUGGGCGCCGCCCGCCUCUCGUCCCUCCCCCCACCGCUGCCUUCGACGCCCCAGCCUCCGGUUCCUCCUCAGUCAUCCUCGAAUAACCUCAAUGUUACAGAGGCCCCGCAGACAGACAGCCGGGCACCACAGAAACCUGAGUGCGGGCGGGACCAGGCGAAGACGGACAGCAGGCCAACCAAUGGGAGGGUGGUUAAGUCCUGCAGCGAGGCCCAGCUCAGCACCGCUGCAGUGCGUUCGCCCUUGCAGAAGCAGCAGUCCCUCCCAGUGCGUCCCAUCAUCCCUCUGGUCGCCCGCAUCUCCGACCAGAACGCCUCGGGGGCCCCACCCAUGACCGUGCGGGAGAAGAGCCGACUGGACAAGUUCCGCCAGUUGCUGGCCAGCCCCAACACAGACCUGGAGGAGCUGAGAAAGCACAGCUGGUCCGGGAUUCCCCGGGAGGUUCGCCCCAUCACCUGGAGACUCCUAUCGGGUUACCUCCCUGCCAACAUGGAGAGGAGGGAGCUGGUUCUGAAGAGGAAGAGGGAGGAGUAUUUUGGCUUCAUCGAGCAGUAUUACCACUCCAGGACAGACGAGCACCACAGAGACACAUACAGACAGAUUCACAUCGACAUUCCCAGGACCAACCCCCUGAUCCCCCUCUUCCAGCAGCCGCUGGUGCAGGAGGUGUUUGAGAGGAUCCUCUUCAUCUGGGCCAUCCGACACCCGGCAAGCGGCUACGUGCAGGGCAUCAACGACCUGGUCACUCCCUUCUUUGUGGUCUUCCUCUCUGAAUUUGUUGAGGAGGAUGUGGAGAACUUCGAGGUGUCGGCGCUGCCCCUGGAGACGCAGAGGAACAUCGAAGCCGACAGCUUCUGGUGCAUGAGCAAGCUGCUGGACGGGAUACAGGAUAACUACACAUUUGCUCAGCCAGGAAUCCAGAUUAAGGUGAAGGCCCUGGAGGAGCUGGUCAGCAGGAUUGAUGAGGAUGUGCACAGCCACUUCCAGAGGUACGAGGUGGAGUACCUGCAGUUCGCCUUCCGCUGGAUGAACAACCUGCUGAUGAGGGAGCUCCCCUUGCGCUGCACCAUCCGCCUCUGGGACACUUACCAGGCUGAAGCUGAGGGCUUCUCCCACUUCCACCUGUACGUCUGCGCUGCCUUCCUCAUUGAGUGGCGGAAGGAAAUCCUCUCCAUGGUAGACUUUCAGGGCCUGCUCAUGCUGUUGCAGAACCUUCCCACAAUACACUGGGGCAACGAGGAAGUGGGACUGCUGCUGGCGGAAGCUUAUAGACUGAAGUACAUGUUCGCCGACGCGCCCAAUCAUUACCGGAGAUAAAAAAAGUCCCCUUGGACAGACAGACUGUACAUACACAGACUUGCAGAACACACAAAUGGAAACUCCUUUUUUGCAAACAAGCUCAACUAUAAACCUCUCCUUCCUCUGACUGACCUACCUUGCUGUGCACGCACAUGACGUGAACCUGUGUAAAGAUGCACACUGACAGACACACACAGAGGUGGCGAUGGGGUGAACAGUUGAUCCUGUCCCCCCCAUUUCGUCUGCUCCUCGUCCGCCUCCCUUCUCACUCUGGCAGAGAAAUAUGUUUCGCUGACUUCCCGGGACCCGGAGUUCAUUCCUCACAAA